GCCCCAUCCCUCCCCCCUCCCCCGCCGGCCGGCUCCAGCCCGUACCCGGCGCCCCCGGGCCCCGCCAUGGGCCUCACCGUGUCCGCGCUCUUCUCGCGGAUCUUCGGGAAGAAGCAGAUGAGGAUCCUCAUGGUUGGCUUGGAUGCAGCUGGCAAGACCACAAUCCUGUACAAACUGAAGUUGGGGGAGAUUGUCACCACCAUCCCGACCAUAGGCUUCAAUGUGGAGACAGUAGAAUAUAAAAACAUCUGCUUCACAGUCUGGGAUGUGGGAGGCCAGGACAAGAUUCGACCUCUGUGGCGGCACUACUUCCAGAACACUCAGGGCCUCAUCUUCGUGGUGGACAGUAACGACCGGGAGCGAGUCCAGGAAUCUGCUGAUGAACUCCAGAAGAUGCUGCAGGAGGACGAGCUGCGGGAUGCGGUGCUGCUGGUUUUUGCCAACAAGCAGGACAUGCCCAACGCCAUGCCUGUGAGCGAGCUGACCGACAAGCUGGGGCUACAGCACUUGCGCAGCCGCACGUGGUACGUCCAGGCCACCUGUGCCACCCAAGGCACAGGCCUGUACGAUGGGCUGGACUGGCUGUCGCAUGAGCUGUCAAAGCGCUAACCAGCCAGGGGCAGGCCCCUGCUGCCCGGAAGCUCCGCGUGCAUUCCUCCCGGGAUGACAGACUCCCGGACUCCUCAGGCAGUGCCCUUCCCCCCUACUCCUCCUCCCCCACCUACUCGGGCCUCUGCUCCCGCUCCUGCUCCUGCUCCUGCCUGCAUGUUCUCUCUGUUGUUGGAGCCUGGAGCUUCGCUCUCUGGCACAGAGGGGUCCACUCUUGCCUGCUGGGACCUGUGCAAGGGGCCCCAGGGCCAAGGCCCCCACUUCCAGAGGAGGAGCAGGCAUCUGAGUUUGCUUUUGUUUUUUCCGUUUUGGGUGUACCCUUGGGGCCAGAUAGGGGGGAAGGUGAGGGCUCCAGGUGGUGCUAUGAUGUGGCACUGGAUAUUGAGUAAUAAAUUGGCUGUGGUUUGUA